CCCGGGACUACAGCUCCCGUCGUGCCCCUGCCUGCCUUCUCCGAGCGCGGCGAAAGGCCUGGAAAGGACCUGGGCUCUGGCGACGUCGUCCCGCUCCGGGCCCGGCCCGGCCCGGCGCAGGAAAUGGCAGCGCUAGGAAGAUCCUGUCAGGGCAUUCCCUCGGGCCCCGCCGUGGAGUUCCCCCAGGUCCCCGCCGGGGCCCAUGACCGUCACGGCCCCGCGGCGGCUGUGCGGGACGACCUGCAGCCCGGAGCCUUCGGCCACGACCGUCUGCCGCCGCCCAUGGUGGUAAUGGCAGGGAACGGAAACGACGGCGGCCGUUCCUCCGGCCUGUACCUGCAAAGCGGCUUCGACGUCGCCUCGCUGGCCGCGCUCGGGAGUUACAACGAGGGCCUGCCGGUGGCCCCGGUGGGCUCCUUCACCAGUGCGGCUCGCCCGCACAGCCUGCACCUGCCGCCGGGCCACGGCCAUGUCUCUGUUCGCUGUGGAAAGAAGCAUAAGCUGGAAGAAGAGGCAGAAGGUUGUCCUGUGCGGAAGAAGAGGCUGACAGGAGCCGAAAAUUGCCCUUUGAAUCCCAGCACUGAAGAAUGGAUUCUCUGUGCAGGUCAGCAGGCAGCUGGGGAGGUAGCCAAUCAGUGUGGUGGCAGCGGUCCUGAAGCUGCCACGUUAGAAAUUCCCUGUGAAGAAAUGGAUCAGACACUGGGGGAACAGCAAUGCGAGGUUGCUCGCAGGAAGCUUCAGGAGAUUGAGGACAGGAUAAUUGAUGAAGAUGAGGAAGUUCAUGCUGAUGGAAAUGUUAGCAAUCUGCCCACUCUUAUCCUGUCAGAUACCCUUAAAAAAGGGAUGAAGAGGGAUUUUGGUGAAGUCCUGACAAAGAAAAUAAUAGAAUCUAUGAGCCGUCCCUCGAUGGAGCUGGUGGUUUGGAAACCUCUUCCUGAGUUUCUCACAGAUAAACUGAAGUCUGUUUCUGUUAAGAACAUCAAGAAGCAAAGUACAGAAGGGUGUCAAGCUGAGCCACCAGCACCAAGAGCUGCUUUUGCCCCACAGACUGACACAUUCCCCGAGUCACGACAGACUGCCAUGUCUCCAGAUCCAUAUGCUAGUUUGGGAAUCUCUGGGUGUGCAGAAGAAGAAAUGGAGUUAUAGAUGCCAGAUUUUAGGAAGUGGUGAGCUUCUGAUGGUUUUUGUUGCUGUUUUUCGAUUUCCACUUUCUGCCUGGUUUGAUGUGUGAAUCUGAAGUUUUGAUGUUUGCUUUUGGUUUUCCUACUAACAAUCCUAAGAACAGGGAUUGGCCAGACACGACUUCAUGGCGCCGACCCCCGCCACUUCUGUACGCAGGUCUUGUUUUGACUGAGCAGGUAACCCAGAGGCCUUUGGAAUGCAGAUGUAGCUUUCCCAUCUUGCUUAGCAGUGAAACAUCCUCUUAGUUGUCCUUGGUAAAGUAUAAAAUCUAAAUAUUGAAUGUAACUGUGGCUUAAGCCACGUCUCUCACUUACUGAGCCAUUAAGGACUUUGGUGCACAUACUACACUUG